UAAAGUGAAAAUGCUGUUGGCAGUCUUUUGCUGUCUUGACUUCAACACAGUAGAGAGUGCUAUAAUGAAAAUGUGGCUGAGUUUUUAAUAUUCUGGAAUUUCAUGACCACCAGCACCUCUUGGUUAUGCAGCCAAGAUAAUUAAGAGUGAAGACACUAGUCCAGAGAGGGAGGUGGAAAGCUACAGGAAGCUAAAGCUGUGUAUAUUUGUGGAUCAGACAAGUGCAGCAAGUUAAUAUCAUUGGCUUCUGAAGGGGAGAGUGAGGUGAUGGCUGCGUUUAAGUUGGAUUUCCUUCCAGAAAUGAUGGUGGAUCAUUGCUCUUUGAAUUCCAGUCCCGUCUCAAAGAAAAUGAACGGCACCCUGGACCACCCAGAUCAACCGGAUCUUGAUGCUAUCAAGAUGUUUGUGGGCCAGGUUCCAAGGACCUGGUCUGAGAAGGAUUUGAGGGAACUGUUUGAACAGUAUGGUGCUGUCUAUGAAAUCAAUGUCCUAAGGGAUAGGAGCCAAAACCCUCCACAGAGCAAAGGGUGCUGUUUUGUUACAUUUUACACCCGAAAAGCUGCAUUAGAAGCUCAGAACGCUCUUCACAACAUGAAGGUCCUCCCAGGGAUGCAUCAUCCUAUACAGAUGAAGCCUGCCGACAGCGAGAAGAACAACGCAGUGGAAGACAGGAAGCUGUUCAUCGGUAUGAUAUCCAAGAAGUGCACUGAAAAUGACAUCCGAGUCAUGUUCUCUUCGUUUGGACAGAUUGAAGAAUGCCGGAUACUGAGGGGACCUGAUGGGUUGAGCCGAGGUUGUGCAUUUGUGACUUUUACAACAAGAGCCAUGGCACAGACAGCUAUCAAGGCAAUGCACCAAGCACAGACCAUGGAGGGUUGCUCCUCCCCCAUGGUGGUAAAAUUUGCUGAUACACAGAAGGACAAAGAACAGAAAAGAAUGGCCCAGCAGCUCCAGCAGCAGAUGCAGCAAAUCAGCGCAGCCUCUGUGUGGGGAAACCUUGCUGGUCUAAAUACUCUCGGACCCCAGUAUUUAGCACUUUAUUUGCAGCUCCUUCAGCAGACUGCCUCCUCUGGGAACCUCAACACCCUGAGCAGCCUCCACCCGAUGGGAGGGUUAAAUGCAAUGCAGUUACAGAACCUGGCUGCACUGGCUGCUGCGGCUAGUGCAGCUCAGAACACCCCAAGUGGCACCAGUGCUCUCACCACGUCCAGCAGUCCCCUCAGCGUACUCACCAGUUCAGCAGGGUCCUCACCAAGCUCCAGCAGCAGCAGCUCCGUCAACCCCAUCGCCUCCCUUGGAGCCCUGCAGACAUUAGCUGGAGCAACAGCAGGCCUCAACGUCAGCUCUUUGGCAGGGAUGGCUGCGUUAAAUGGCGGCCUGGGCAGCAGCGGCCUUUCCAACGGCACAGGGAGCACCAUGGAGGCCCUCACACAGGCCUACUCGGGGAUCCAGCAGUACGCUGCCGCGGCGCUCCCCACCCUGUACAACCAGAACCUGCUGACACAGCAGAGUAUCGGUGCUGCUGGGAGCCAGAAGGAAGGUCCAGAAGGAGCCAACCUGUUCAUCUACCACCUGCCCCAGGAGUUCGGAGACCAGGACCUGCUGCAGAUGUUUAUGCCCUUUGGGAAUGUCGUGUCUGCCAAGGUUUUUAUAGACAAGCAGACAAACCUGAGCAAGUGUUUCGGUUUUGUAAGUUACGACAAUCCUGUCUCGGCUCAAGCUGCCAUCCAGUCCAUGAACGGCUUUCAGAUCGGCAUGAAGCGGCUUAAAGUGCAGCUCAAACGUUCGAAGAAUGACAGCAAACCCUACUGAGCGUGCUCCCCUCUGAGACUGGAGUGAGAGGGUCUUCUGGUAAGUGGGGGAGGAGCACCCUUAAUGAUCCGAAGCCCUAAGGCUGUGUGUUGACAGCCCUGGACCCUGAUCCCUGCCACUCUCGCAGGCACAGCUUGCCCUGAAGACUCAGCUACUGCCUUCUGUGGGAAUUUCGCUUCGUACAGAGGACAAGUUUGUGCUUUGGUUUCCAGUGUUUUACUUUGGAGUUUAGGUGCCAUAUCCUGAGUUGUUUUUUUUUUUUUCUCCUUUAUUUAAAAGUUUGCUGUGUUUGUAACCAGUGUGUGUUGAGAAGGACCAACAUCAAACUGCCCUGGGGGAGGAGGGGAAAUGGGGAAACAUAAGAAGAGGAUCAGAAUUUGCCCCAAACUACCCCAAGAAAGAGGACGAAGUUAGACAAAAGUGGACCCCAGAAUCUUCCUGAGCACGAGAGUGGGUGACGUGAGAACUGAUACCCAAGAGCUUUUGGGGGGCAGAGCAGGUGGGGUUGGCUUUGGAGAGGGAGAGUGACUUGAAACCCGGCAGCCCUGGGAGCUGGAGGCUGAAACUCCUCUGUAGCCGCCUUCACUGGAAAGUCUGCAUUCUUGCCAGCUAUUUUUUUUUAGAUUCUCAUCUAGGAUUUCUGCCCCUCUUAGUCUCUGGAAAUAAUGCACCUAUUAAAUUAGCCUAACAUGCAAAAAGUAGGGAUUUGUCAUCUGUUACCCAGCCAGCCAUUGGUGUUGGAUUGGCCCUUCCUUCCUGGCUGGUGGCUCUUAGGAGGAAGAAGCCAGGCAGAGAAAUCGUGUUUGGUUUAUUUUAACACCAGACCGUUAGACCAUGGCCCAUGUCUACCAGGUCCCUUUAAAGCAGGCCUCUUGGGAAGACACUGUAGGGUUUCCUUUUUGGUAAUUGACCACAGCAAGGAAUGUCACUUCCAUCCCCAGCCACAGUUUUCUCUUGAGGGUAGAUCCAAGAAGGGCUUAUGGUAUCUGGCAGAAGGGAGCACCUCUCCUGAGCAGAGCGAUCAAAAGCUGUCGUGUUGGGGGAGGAGGAGCCUGCUUCUCAGUGUACCCGAAUCCUAGGGUCCCUUUGAGCUGGUCCUGCAUUUCCCGGCGGCCAGCACCCAGUACUUAAAAGGAUUAAGCAAUCCGCGGUUGCCUCCUUGGUUGAGAAGGCCCAGGCGUGGCGUCUGGAUGGAGGCAGGCCCCUCUUCUGACCCCUCCAGCCCCGUGCUCUGCUCCUGGUGACAGAGGAGGCGGCAGGACGUUUACAGCCUCCGUGUGUGUUAGUGUUCAUUUACCUCAGUGUCACCGCGUUCACUUCUGUCCUCGAGCUUACGGUCAGCUCCCUGCUGCCUCCCACAGGUCUCACUCUUGCCUGUGACCCACACAGCCUCCGGGCUCUGCCACUGCUCCAAGAAGCGCUGGUAGUGGGGAGGCCCCGGGAAGGACCUGCUGUCGGAAAUGUGGCCCUGUUAGGAUGUGACCUGUAGCCAAGGCCAGGGACCAAGUCCCUGGGCUCCUCAGCCUCACAGACGUCAGCCCUGCCCCCUAGCGGCAGAGGCGAGAUCACAGGGAUUGCUUUGCUGUCAGUCAGACUGGGACGCUCUCCUUGUCAUGCUGUCCUCGGGCCUCGGACAAGCAUUGACCGUCUUGCUGUUGUGCAGGUAGUUGGUGGUGGUGGAUUAUCCCACGGAAGCUGGGACAGCUGUUCCCUUCUCAUAGUGAUAAUUUGGGUCUGUUGUCCUCUAAGAAACAUGAAACAUACUUCUUAAGCUGAACCACGUAAACUUGAAUUCCGCGCACUGGGAGAAAUGUGUCCUGUGUUUCAAGGAUAAAACUGUUCCAAAGGCUUCCAGGGUCAUGAUGGGAUUUUUUAAAUAAAUGCAAAAAAUAAAAAUAAAAAAGAAAAAAGAAAACAAAAAAAAGAAAAAAAUGCUAGGUUGGGGAGGCGCUGUUCUGAAUCCCAACCGGCUGGAACCAAGAAUGUCGUUUCUAUUUUUAUAGAAGUUUUAUACAGCUCCGGGGUGGAGAAUAUUUAUUACCUAAAUUAUAUCUCUGGAAAAGGCCAGGAUUUUGUAGAAUCCAGAAUGUGAUUGUUGUACACACAGGGUGCUGUGUAUGAUUGAAACUACUGACUUUCUGUGGCCGUCUGCAGCCCAGCUAAUCUGCCCGAGGGGGAGGCGUUAACGCUGUGAAUUGGCGGAGGAGAGAGCUGUGCUCCCCAGGUUGCUGCCGGUCUCACCUGUUCUGUCUUCCUCCUUGGCCCGAGUGGGGUUUUCCAAAGCCCGGAACUCCACUCUGCGCCCACCUUUGUCCCUUUCCCUCCCUCCUCCCCCGUUUCACUGUUAUUUGCAUACCUAUUUGUCCUGGGCUCUGGGACCUCUUCACUAUUGGCAUGAAAGUUGAAGGUGUAAUCAGUCUGCCUCUGAUACCAGACCCCGAGGUUUCGUACCUGCUGUGGGUUCCCUCGGCUGCGCGCAGGCGCUUCUCUCUGUCGGUCUUGUCCCCGGCCCGCGAAUCCCACAGCAGCGCUGCCCUCGAGCACAGUUCUCUCCCCGGGCCAAAGAUGGUGUUUUGGAGAAACUGCUCCCCCUACAAGUCUCACGGUGUGAAAGGGUUCAGCUCGGAGAGGGGAGACUCGCAGUCAAGUCUUAAGCGAUCCUUUUCUGUUGUGUGGGGUUCUCACUUACGUAAGUGUGUUUUCUGCUGUAGUUCCAUUUCUUCCUUGGGUUUCAUCAUGAAAUUGAUUUGCCUUGAAUGCAGCCAGACACUGUCUCCUGGGUCCCACAGGGGUGGCCAGGGCCCUCCUGGAAGCUAAGAGCUUGGAUUUCUGGCAACAGAGGGCCAUCCCCAUAGGAAGGGGGAGAAAUUCUGGCCCUCUCCCCCAAAGAAUUCCGGUCCCCUCGCCCCCAAGCCAGCAGCUCCAGCUGUCUCCCUGAGUCUCGACCAGGAGUGGCACUCAGGAGGCUGAGGCUCUGCCCCGCCCGAGAGCUGCUUUUUCCGAUGCAUUUGGGCGCUUCUGGGGAAAUCCAAGCCUUAGGUCCCCUGUGUCUCUGGCAGUUGGAUGUUUUCUUGGUGUCCUCCGUGUCCUUUUUGACUUCCCCGUGUCCGUUGUUAGCAUGUGCGAGAGUCCCGUCACCGCCCAGCCUCCCUGCCCGCCGCCUCAUUUCAGGGCUGCACACAGUGAGUGUCCUGUUCUCUCUCUCUCUGUUUGGAUGUAUUGCUCUGUGUAACUCAGUGGGUCUCCCUCUUUCUGGUUUGUUUUUUUUCUAGAUUCCUGCCGUUUGUUCAUCGUUGUGCCUAAAGCAUGUCGAUGUGGCGUCAAGUACAUCGUCCAAAUCCCUGUCUCUUCAGCUUCUCUGAUGCUUGAACUCUCACCUUUGACCUUGUGUUGACCUUUGAUGCUGAUGUGUAUUUUUAUUAUGUUUGUUUCUUUCUUUGUUUUUUCUUUUUUCUUUCCUUUUUUUUUUCUUUUGUGCUGCCAAAUUGGUUUUGCUAGAACGACUGCUGAAGGGGAAAUAUUUAAACUUGCAUUUGAAUAUAAAAAAAUCUAUUUUUCUAGAACUUCAUAAGAUAACCACUUGAUUUUGUGAUUCCAAUUCUUUGUAAUUGUCUUCAGAGCAGCCCUACUAGCACAUACCGCGUGGUGUUUGUAUUUCUGUGAACACACAGCCAGUCCGCUUCUAGGCUUUGUUUCUCGGUGUGUUUAGUUUUAAAGACAACUUUGGAGUAAACAAUGAAAUAAAAGAUGUCACUAAAACCUUUGAGGCUCCUGAGCACAUUUUGCUGAUACAGUUUGUAGGGCUUGAGGAGACCGCAUGUGUUCCUGUUUUUCUUUUUUCUGAGUUCUCAACUGCAGAAAACCCCUGAGCCCUUUUUCCUUUUUGACCACCGGCUGCAGCUUGGGCCCCAGGCAGUCCCCGCCGCCUGUGGCUCUGCCCUGGAGCCCCCUUGCGGGGAGUCUGCGGGGCCCCUGCCCCCAGCCCCGCUGUGCCCGCCCCCAGGCCUGUUCCUGCAGUCUCCACAGCAAAAUGUGAUGCUUCAAAUUUUUUUUUUCUGUUUUUGUAUUGUUUUUGUGUUUUUGUUUUGAAUUUUUUCCUUUCCUACUAAGAUUAUGCCCAGAAAAACCGAGUUUGCAUGUUUCCUGCUGUUUCUUCACACCUCCGUAUAUAUCACCUUCACCUCUCUGUUUCCUAUAGUUUGUGCAAAAACUGACCGAUUUAAAAGGGUUUCAAAGAAGCUGUUUUAAAUUGUUGUGGGGUUGAUUUUUUUUUCUUUCCAAGGUUGUAUUGUUUUGUUUUGAAGUGGCAACUUUCUCCUCUCUUGCCCUUAGAGCGUUUGCCUGUGCAUUUAGACUGUCUCCUCACACGGCCUCCAGGCCUUGGGGGGUCUCCAGGGGCCGGCUGCUCUGCUCAGAGACGGGUGGGAAGGGGGUCCAGAGAGGCACAGGAGCAGAGAGAGCACCCCAAGAGUGGCUGUGGGCAGCAGGAGGCUGAGCGCGCUAGGGGCCCCAGGCAUCCCUUGGCCCCAGAGGUGGAGAGUGCCCUGAGCCACUCCAGCGGGCCGUGCCUGCACCAGGCGCCAGUGCCCCUGCCCGCGCUGCUGUGCAGCCCCGGGCCCCGCCGCCCCACUCCGGCUCUUCACUGCAGCUCUGCUCUUGCUUAGCUGCUGGGGUGGGGGUCGGGGUGGUUUUUUGUGUUUAUUUUUUUAAAUUGGGUGAAGAGCCAAAUAGCUACUGUCCCCGGGUGCCAGGCAAGCCCCGGUCCUUGGUUCCCUGAGGGGAGCCUGCCCCUCCUCUCUUGGGGCACCAUCCAGCCUCAGGGUCUGCAGGGAUUUGAGUGAGAAGGUGCAUGGUGAAGGGCGAGGCCAGAGGAGACGUGAGGUCGCGGGGUGGGUCUGUGGAGGUCAGAGGUUGCAGGGGGCGGCGUUUGGGAUAGCUUCCACCCAGGCCUGAGCGGCUGGUGGGCGAGCGAGCUGGGAAGUAGGGCUGUCCAGGGACGGGUGGAGAGGGGGAGCCGGGGGUGGGGCGGGGCGGGGAAGGUCAAAGCACUGUCCGAAUCAUCCUCGCUGCAGGUGAUGAGGAAGGAUCUCGGCAGCGUCUCUGCCCCGGGACCGGGCAGGCAGCCUAGUGUUAGCUCGGGGCACCCCUUACCCAGAGGAGAGGGUGGCCAGGUGGAGGCCCAGUGGAUGGUAGGCUGCUUCAUUUCUUCAGAGGGGUGAGUGGAUGGAAGGAGGCCAGGAACCCCCAGCCUGAGCGAGACCGCCGCACACCCCACAGUCUGACUGCACAGAGCAGCCUCUGUGGGCAGAAGGCGCCAAGGCUCCCCUUCCUGUGUAUUCAGAACCCAUGUUUGCCAAUAUAUUUUGCUUUCAAUUCCAAGAGGAGCUCUGGGAAAACCUGUGGAUAAAACCAAAUGCCAAAUGUUGGACGCUGUUUCCUUUUCCUUUUUCUCUCUCUGAUUGUUUUAAUUGUUUUGUGGUGGUUUUAAUGGAUUUGAGACCCUGGAGCGGCAGCUGCCUUUCUGAUUUCCAGCUGCUUUUUGUGAAUAAUUUAAAAAGAAAAAAAAAAAGAAACUUUACAUUUUGGAGACAAACCUGUGUGAGUUUUUUAUUGGUACAAACGUUGUAUUUAACACUAGGGGUUUUGUACAGUUUUUUGCCUUUUCUACUAGAAAACAAUGUAAAGUGAUUUCACAAUGUGAAGAGAAAAAAUUGCCACUAUGACCAAACGCACAGUCUGUUCUGCAGCAACAACGGGAUUCAAUCAACUCAAAGUCGUGAUUCAGCCGUAGAAAUGCUUUUUCUUUACCUUGUUUGAGCUUUUCCUUUCUUUCCUGUUUUGAUUUGCAAAAGAAAAUGUCUUUUUUGUGUGAACUUGUGUUGUACUGUGUAGAAAAUUAUGGAUUUUACUUUAAUGGUUUUAAAAAAAAAAAAAAAAAAAAGGCAAGAAGAGCCCCUGUCGCUUUUCUGACCUGAUCACAGAGUUUGUGUAGUGGAUUAAAAAAGAAAAAAAAAAAAUUGUUACAAGUUUGGAGCAAGGGAGUAUGUGUUUAAAAGGAAAUCUUCCUUUUCUGUGUGUUUUUCCUUUUGUCCCAAUGGGGAACCUAAAUCUGUUUUAAUUGCACAGACACACGGACAAAAAGUCAUUUUGUAUCUGCCAAGUGUGGUACCUUCCUUUGUUUAUUUGCUAUUAAAUUGUUUGAGAAGAA